AUGACUUCAGAAUCCGAUCUCCGCGUAUCGUCACUUUUCGACUUCCGUGACUAUGUUGUCCUGGUCACCGGCGGAGCAACUGGCCUGGGCGAGAUGGCCGCCCAAGGAUUUGUUCAAAACGGAGCUAGAGUCAUCAUUGCGAGCCGAAAGGAAUCCGAAUUGAAAAAGACUUCGGAUCGUUUGAACAAAAUUGGCCCAGGCAAGGCCGAGUACAUCGUUGCUGACCUCAAGGACAAAGCCGGUACUGAUCAUCUGGUCAAAGAGGUGAAAAAGCGAACAGACCGGUUGACAGUCCUGAUCAACAAUACUGGCGUGACGUGGGGCGCCCCAUACGAUGAUUUCCCCGAAAGUGGUUGGGACAAGCUCAUGGCAUUGAACGUCAAGUCCAUCUUCUACACGACUCAGGGAUUACAGCCAUUGCUGUUGAAUGGCACCAAUGCUGAUAAACCCUCUCGGGUCAUCAACAUUGCAUCGAUGGCUGGUAUCUCAACAGCAGAUGUCACGACGGGUGACGAUGGCGGGCUUGCAGCCCCAGGACAUGGAACGUUCAGCUAUGGGCCUUCUAAGGCAGCCUGCAUUCAUUUGAGCAAGAUCCAGGCAUCCAAGCUCGCCCCCUUGAAUAUCAUGGUGAAUUGUGUUUGCCCUGGUGUCUUCCCCUCCCGAAUGACUGCUUUCGGGAUUGACAAAUUCAUAGACACGAUAUUGGAGAGACAACCCACCGGACGAGUUGGUAAACCUUCAGAUUUCGCUGGAUUGAUUCUCUUCCUCAGCAGCUCCGGGGGUGCUCACAUGACUGGCAAUGUGCUUGAGAUUGAUGGAGGCAGUAACCUGAGCGGAUGGAGAGUAUCUAAGAAAGGCAGCAAGCUAUAA